AUGAAUGCGAACAGUAGUAAUGGAGAACGGAGUGUGUUUUUUGUGAGUGAUUCGUCGAUGUUGAAACAUAAAUGCGAAUGGGAUGAUGAACAUAUCGAAGUACCACAAAGACUUGAAAACAUUCUCACAAAUUUGAAGGAUAACGUAUUGAAAGAAUGUGAGACAAUUAAAGCGGUAGCUGCGACAAUUGACGAUAUUCGCCUUGUACACGAUGAAGCAUACAUCGAAUCACUUGAGAAAACAACGCAGAUGAACAUUCAACAACUGGAAUCGUAUUGUUCGGGAUUUGAAGAUGUAUACGCGAAUAACUUUACUUAUGAUGCUUGUCUGAUGAGUGCUGGUUGUGCGAUUGAAGCAAUGAAGAGCGUUAUCAAUGAACGCCAUCGGUUCAGUUUUAUUUUCUGCUUCUCAAAAAAUACCAACCGAAUAUUCAAAGCUGGUCGUCUCAAUGAAUGUGUUUACAUAUUCUCAAGCGCGUUCGCUGCAGUCAGACCUCCGGGACAUCACGCAUCGAAGAAUAACGCAUGUGGAUUCUGCUUCUUCAAUAAUGUGGCGAUUUGUGCUCUGAAGGCAAGACAGUUAGGUGUGGAACGGGUGCUGAUCGUCGAUUGGGAUGUACACGCAGGGCAGGGUACUCAAUAUUCGAUUAAAUCUGAUCCGAACAUCAAGCUUAUCUCUAUUCACCGAUUCGAAAAUGGCCACUUCUGGCCAAAUCUACCGGAAAAUUCAAUUCAGCAUGACUGUUAG